CCACUAUUUUUGUUCCGUGCGGCCGCCUCCAAGACGGAAAUCAGCAGGAUGAUUGCCAACCUUCGCUAGGAGAUGGCACUAGAUGAUGAUGAAGAAUUAAGUACCUACUAUCCCACUUAUUUAUGUACUUACAUAGGUACCUACAGCUAGCUGUAGGCUUAGAGUUAUUAUUAAGUUUCAUAAUAUACUCUAAUGGCUAUAGGCCACGUAGUCAAACUGUGGAAGUAGGCGGAUUUUAGUUUUUGAAAUAGUUUCGGACCAAGUAUACUUGCACAGACGUCUGAUUUCAGAAUAUGCGAAGCUGCGUAUGGAGAACCAAUACUUACAAUCACAAAUGGAGGAACUGGCGGGCAGUCACCGGAAGCAGGAGUCCCCAGGCCAGCCCAGUGGGGCCCCCGUCCCGCUGGGGGGGCCACUGAUAGUGACCAAUGCAAUGACGUCAACACACGCACCACCAACCAGCGAUAAUUCAGUUAGUUUCGAAAGCGGAGAAGAACCUACGACUGUGCAACCGACGCAACUACCGCCAGACAAGCAUAAGAAAAUACAUAAAAAAGUUAUUGAAAAAGAGAAACCUCGAAAACCACUCGUGCCGUCAACCACCGAGCGGGGAACAUCCCCGCGGCCCACCACCAGGGACUUUGGCAGACACUCUACUGAGCCAUUACGUCAGUCAAGACCAGACAAACAGCGUUUCAACCGGCGGCGCCUCGACAGCAGGAUCUAUAACAUUCAGCGCCGCGGAUAUCCGAUCCAUAGCAAGCCGCCAAAGAAUGGAGUAGACACGUUGCCAAAGCGCAAAGCACUCAGGAGCGGAGUAGAAAACUUACUGAGACGCACCCUGCUGAGGUCCAGCAGCGGGGCCCCGCGGCCCCGGCCGACCCCGCGGGUGUUCCUCGGCCGCAGCCCGCGCCUGCGCUUCCCGCUCUCCGAGAACAACGCCUUCUGCUUCCUCGAGCCCAAGAGCCCGCUUUGUACUGGCGUCAUGAAAUAG